GUUCCCUUAUAAACAAAGCGAACAGCUGAUCUGGUUUUCAUAUAUACAAGUUCUUUGUCGUUGAGUAUAUGUGUUGAUAUUUCGGGAUAAAUUUUUCUCCAUUGUUCUGUUUGUGUUAAAGUUACAUAUAACUUUUCUCUAAAAUUUGCAAAUAAUACCUAAUAAAAUAGUGGAAAUAUGGAAGUCCUAUCUUUAGCGAAGUAUAAUAAUUCAGAAGACCAACAAUCAGAGUACAAGGAAUUUUAUACACCUGAAGAAACAGCCUUAGUAGAAGCAUUAUCAAAAAUACUAGAGGGUGAACUCAGGAAAGCAAAACGAACCCACCUUUCUGCCGGCGAAGUUCUUCUGCCUAAUGGUUUAACACAUUCUAUAGCCCAGGAUAUGUUUCAAUUAGCAGAUACGGAACCUUGCGGUUUGAGAGGUUGCAUAUUGUAUAUCAAUUUUGAAGCUGAUGAGGUCAAGACGAAAUUGAGUAUGGUCAAAUGUGAUCCAAUGACCCCUUCAACUUUUGAAUUAUACCUCACACUCAAACAGUCGACUGCCGGAUGGAAUUCGUUCUUGCCACAAUUCCUCAAGAAAAUAACGAGGAGUGGCACAGUAAUGAUCAGCCCGGAGUACGACCUUCACAAAAAACAAUUAUAUAGAUCAAAUAGUGACUGAAGUUUGCCAUCAGCAUCCUGUGAUAUGGAGUUUAUUGGUAUUAUGAUUUCAUUCACUGUUUACAAGUAGGGUGUUUGAAAAAUACAUAUAUUGCCAUUGGUAAAAAAAAAUUAUUGAUUGUUUAUCACAAAAUUCAUAAAUAUACUAUGGAAUUUUGACAUUGAUAUUGUUUGGAAAGUUAACGAUAUUGAUUUGUUGAAGUUCACAGUUCCUUGUUUCAGUAAUCCUCAACCAAUGUUAUUUUUAAUUUUUGUACUUUAGUUGAAUUGAGUGUGUAAGUUUACUGAUAACAAGAAUUAGUACCAUUUCAAUAAUCUUGAAAUAUUACAUGAAUGAGAACAUACAAAUAAAUAGAUGUAUUUUCAAUCACCCUGUUUGUUCAGUUUUUUGAAGUAUUAUUCAUUUAUUCAACAUAAUGUGGGUAAAUGAUUCUUGUAUUUAGUUGGGAUCUGCAUAUCUUAGUGAUAGAUAAGUUUUAAGCUAGGGUAUGGUUUGCCAAACCCCAUAUUUGUGAUAAGUGUAUGAAUUCAGAAGAAAAAACUUCAUAAUAAUUUUGUGUUUGUGAUAUUAGUCAUAACAGAUGUUUGUGUAGAAUAGAAACUCUUAAUGUUUGAUUCAGAACUGAGAAAUAUGAUUGUUAAUUACGAAUAGAUUCAGUAUUAAGUUUGAUGGUUUCUUACCAAAUAUUUAAAGAACAUUGUGAUCUCAAAUAAACUUAGGUUUACUUUUUAAAAAAGUGAGACUUUUUAUACAUUUCAAUAUGUGUAAAGUUCGUAGAUAUGUACUUCAUCACUAAAAAUUGUGAUAACAUAGUUUAUUGACAUUUUUAUAUAUAAAAAAAAUAUAAUAAAAAAGUGAUAUUUUUCGUC